CAAAUGAUCAGUCACCAAAGUUAGUGCAUCAAACUACUGUAAUCCCGACCAGAGACCGACCCUCGGCUCAAAUACAAGCCAAGCCAAGCCAAGCCAAAGGAAAGCAAAGAAAAGUGUACCAAGUGUGGAAUACAGAAGUCAAAUAAAACGAAGGACAUCGAAAAUUUCUGCAUCAACACCGAAUAGAGGAGGUACCAUUCUGCACUUCUCGCCUCGUUUCGUUUCACCAUGAGCGACGGCCCCACCUUCGCACGAAUCGACCCCUUGGAUAACAACAACAACAACAACAACAAUAGGAAUCGCGACAAUUCUGAUGAUGUCAACGACAACGCCCCCAUUGACACCGUCCGCUUCGACCCGUGGGUGGCAAACAACAUUGAGGGUGCAACCGUAAACACAAACAACUUCACCGGCGCCCAGAUCGAGGAAUGGCGGGAACGAGAACGGAGGCAGCGGUCUUCCCGGUCCUUCAUGAUGUUUCUGUUGCUGUUGCUCUUAAUGGAUGGAGAGGAGCAGAACCAGCAGCGGCGACAGCAGCACAGAUCGGGCGGUCUGCGGGGGUCAAGCAGCAGCAAAAGUCGCCACGCCGACAACAUCCGAUCCGUCGAAUCGGACAUGGAGCUGUAUCGGGCAAGGCGGACCCAGGAUCGCUCCAUCGAGGACAUUGUCCUCCAUGGGAAUCACUCGCGGUACCAGCGGCUCGUCGAGAAGAACAACGGGACCGAUUUUGAUCGGGAGAUUCGGACCUGGGCCGAGGAGCAAAAAAACAUACAAACGAGGGUUAUCUACGAGCAGCUCCUCAAGGACCUUGUGCUAGAGCGACCGGGCGGAUCCUUCGUAAAAGUACUGGUGGCCUCCGAGUCGAACAACGAGGCCAUUAUCGUAGCGGACGAUGCAUCCAAACUGCUCCACGACGCUGCGGCUUCUGCACUCGCAAGCGAAAGCGCCAGGAAACAAAACCAAAACGAGACGAAGGACGAACUGAAGAGCGCCACACAAAAGUUUGACGAAUUCCUGUACGGCGAGCGAGAGGUAUGGCAUUAUCCGUGGAACGCUACUGGCUAUUACCGUGGAGACUGGAAACUCAUCGAUUCGAUCGAAUCCGGCGGCGAAGGGACAGAGGGGGUUGUUUCGAAUCCUUCGGGAACGUGGUCGCCGCAGAACGCGUCGUCGGUCGUGAGAGCACUCUCACCGAUAGAAGCAGAAGUCCCCCUCUCGGAGUUCCUACGGAAGCAAACGGACCCAAUGAUCGGACUCCAUGUCUUGCCACCUGGCAUGGAACUGGAGUUUCCUACCACUGGUGGCACCAAGGAGGAGGUUGCAUCCAAACCGCCCGGAAGGAGAAAUGGAAGCAACAACCCCAGCGGCAACUCCCUUCGGCGGGGAUCUUACAAGGCAAACCCGCCUCCCGCGCAACUAUCGCUGACCAAAACCUCGGGGAAGAUAGCCUUUCAGUUGUAUUCCAAAGCGGUGCCGGCAAUGAAGGAAUUGUCGCUAAUCGACGGCUACAUGAAGCUAUACGACUCGUACACUGCCGGAUACUCGACGCGGAGGGACGUAUUGCUAAGGGUCCACGGCGUGUUGGUCCACUCGAUCGGAAAGCUGUCACUGGUGGCCAACCCCGGGUCCACUGGGCGGGUCGCUCUCCUCGUUAACGACGUAGCGGGCGCCUCACCGGACGGGAACGAACCCUACAAUAAGGGGCCACCCAACACGAACCAACCGAGCUCUGCCGAGGAAUUAACCGGGGGCGGCAGCGAUACCAAUCACCGGAGGCUUGAAGAGUUGGUCUCAUCGCUCGGGAACGGUGGUAGUAGUGAUGGGGACGACCGACGCGGAGAUCGAAGGCUCGAAGAACUCCGCGACCACGUGCUAAAACUGUUUCACACCAACGGCUACGGUUCCGCUGAUCUUUCCCUGUACGAACGACUGUGGCCCGAGGCAGAUGGUUUUCACAGCUUUAUGGAACACAACUUUCACAACGAAUACGUAUUUGCACAGCGUUCGGUGCAAGACCAAGAUGCGAGCGAGGAUGCUUUCGUGUAUCCAGGAGAGGAGUUACAGGAGCGGCGGCGAUUGGACGAAACGACUGGUUCGCCAGAAGCGACAUCAGAGGCUACAGCAACAAAAACAGUUAUCAACAAACAGACAGAAGUGGAACUUGGGUCGGAGGGCCAAGUGGACAUUAGCAGUGACAGUCUGAAGAAGCCCAAUUCGCUCUAUUCAAAACAUGUCAUUCCUUUCCCGUUCGCCUGGGACGACGAAGAACACUCGCUACAAUCCUAUUUGCCACAUUCCGUUCGUUCCACGUCGAAGCAAGAGCAAUUGUUGGAAAAAAAUGCUGGAAGCUGUGAGUUUGAAAUCAGCAUGGACGUCCAGGAAGAAAAAUGGACCAUCGAGCAAUGGAGAAAGCUCAUCAGCAGGCACAUGGAACAAGAAAUGCUUGGUUCCACUUUAGGCGCCAAAAUGAAGCAAGGCGUCGCGGUUGACGACGAGGACGAACCCUAUAGUAGGGCCCAAACGUUCAAGAAAUCAUCUGGGUCUUUUUCCAGCGAGAAUUCAAAGGCACAAAAACGGUCUCGGAUGGAGCAGGCAUGGCUCAUGGCUAUGAACGGAACAAUCGCAUCCCCAAACUGUAACUUUGCCGCGACUGUGAAUACUACGGCGAUCCGCACGGACUGGGAAGCGACAACGGGAAAAGCAGUCAACUACUCGUUUGGUAUGAUGAUAAUUUGCCUAACACAGAUUGUGUUGUUGCUGAGACAACUCUUGCAUUCCCAAUCGCAAUCGGUUGCAAUGAGGGUUUCUCUGCUGUGCAUUGGUUGGCAAACCGUAGUGGACGCAUUGCUCUGUCUAUUUCAUGUCUACCUAAGUUUGGCGAUGCAAACCUUGUUCACGGCAUUCGCCAGCGUGGCUUUCUUCAAACUUCUAAUAUUUUGUGUCAUCGAGAUGAAAUACAUGGCAAUUAUCAUACAGGCGCGGAAUGCCAACAACGGUGGGGCUACCGUCGAGGUGCUCAGGCGACAAAUAGCUUUGCUGCAUCUGAGGUUUUACGUUGCUCUAAUGGGGACAUGCUUGGGUUUUUUCUACAGCGAAAACUACCGGAAGACAUACAUGUUGCUGUUAUACUCUUUUUGGGUCCCCCAAAUAGUUCACAAUGUCGUCACGGAAGCGAAAAAACCGAUGAACUCCUACUACAUUUACGGAAUGAGUGCAACCCGGCUCGUUGCGCCGCUGUACAUGUUCGCUAUGCAAAGCAAUUUUAUGAAAGAAAUUUAUCCGGAGAGCCCAAUAGAUGUUUCCAUGUGUCAGCUUCUCGUAUUGUGGGUCGGAAUUCAAGCCGGGACACUGGAAGGACAGCGUCGCUGGGGAGCACGGUUCUUUAUCCCGGCCCAGUUUUUGCCCCCCAAGUACGACUACAACCGACCUAUACCCGCAUCUAUGCUUCUGACGGAUAAUGAGGGAUCAACUUUUUCUGAACAACUGCAAAAAGAAAGAGAAGCCCCUAAGACCGAGGUGCGGCCAUUGCCUGUACAAAAAUCAGAUCUGAGCUCCCGAGGGGGUGUAGCACGGAAUCGAAAGGAAGGAAAGCGAUGCAAGGGCGAAACUGGAAUGACCGCCGAAACAGUGACCGCAGUGCCUAAGAACUUGCCAAGCAUCGAGUGCGUCAUUUGCUACAACGGCAUCGACAGUAGCAAUAGAGCAGCGUACAUGAUAGCACCUUGUGAUCACGUCUUUCACAAGGAUUGCUUGGUUCAAUGGAUGGAAGUGAAGAUGGAGUGUCCAAUUUGUCGGCACCCACUUCCACCACCAUGAAGCAUAAUAUUGCUACGAACUACGAUUUUUGUUAUCAAUGAGAUGGUACUAAUUUGAUGGCAAGCAUUCAAUUGUGUAGAGGCCACCUUCUAUCUUUUUCCUGCUAAAAUCAAUACCACAACGACGUAUGCUGAUAGCAGGAUGGACCCCAUGAUGACUUGCAGCCGGGCUUUUCUUUCGAACCACUGAAUCUCUUUCGAAAUGAAUUCCAAUCUCUCCUGAACCUCUUCUCCCUUUGCCAGUUUCCCACUUUCCCGCAGAAGCGUUCGAAAUCGUAUAGAAUCUGGGCUUAUUUCGCGCCAAUGAAUGUCACGACAUCCAAGAUAAAUCAGGGUGCAUGUCGUAUAGAGUGCGCUAAAGUGGAGGAUAACAGCAUACCAAAAUCGGCAAGAACCUAUUAUCCAGAGCUCUACUCUACAAUCCAUUUGAGUCGUGUACUUUCUGAUCCAUUCAUCAUUGACCCCACUGCACGGAAUAUGGUUGCAAGCAUCACCGAGACUAGUGCAUUCAAAUUUUUCGUCUUGCAGUUUCCAUUCAUUGACAUGUUGCUGACAUGAAGAAGAAUCCAAAUAAGUGGACAACGUACUGUAUGCAGAUGGAGGGGUCGUUGAAAAAUCAAUGGGACAAACAUAGUUUGAGCUUAAACAGCCAGCUGUUUUGUAUCCUUUUAGUCCACAACAUGAUUCGGUUACAAUAUCUGUCAUCUUGGAUGUAUUAAUGCAAUCCCGCAUCAAAUGCCAUGCCUCAAGGGAACGGUUGUGCUUAGCCUGAAAUGAUCGAAGUGCCAACAGAUCAGUACUGAUUCGCUUUUCAACUUCCGUACCAAUUUUCGUACACAGUUGAUUUUUUAAACUAUGACAAGAAUGCUCAGCGAGUAGAUAUUGAGUGUUUCCCUCCGCCAUCGCAAUAUUGGUUAAUGUGGGCGCAAGCAUAUUGUUUGCAAACCACGUGCCAUUUGAUGAGUGAACACACAUUUGUUCAACAUGUGGAAUCCAAAAGGUAACAACGAGGAAAGUGAAAAGCGAAAACAUGCAGAGGAACCCAACAACAAUAGGGUUCAGCAAUGACUUGAAAAUGAAGAACACCAUUCUGUAGUUUGUACGAGGUCGCUCCCUUCCAUCUUGAGCAUCAUCGCCGUAAUUUAUUUCCGGCAUAUUGGGCAUAGCCCCACUUUCAUACAUCGAUGAUAUUCUCCACCAAUGAAAGAAUCCACAGAAUAUAUCCAACACAAAUGCAUAGCCGCCCAGCAAUGCAACUGUUCUAAGCACUUGUUCUAUGAACGUUAAUUUUGGAAUAAUGAUACUGAGAAGUUCGAAUGUUGUGGAAGUAUCCUCGUCCAUGUUAUAAUCGAAACUGUCAAAUUCAGGAGUAUUGACUUCGUCAAAAGUGAUAUUAUCGAACGCGGAGGGCGGUAUACGUAAAUUUUCGAAUGCCCGCGCCGUCCAGUUUAUGACCUCUUUCCCCAACAAGGAGUGCAACUCGAUCUCUUGAUCGAUAUCGGAAAUGUCAUCACGCGAUCCCUGGAAUCGUGGUGGAUCGUAAUCCUUCAAUGCCAAAAUUUCAGUUAAUGCUUGAGCAAUUCUUUGAGCUGCUUCACGCAGAUCUUGAAGUGAAUGAGUUUGUGCAUCAUCUAAAAUCUCGACUACAAGGUUAAGACAGGCCUGGGCGGUUUUCUGGACAUUUUGUUGAAUGUCCUUGUACUCCAACUCGAUUUCAGGCAAAUUUAGACCUGUUGAUGGUAAAAAACUAUCUGCCAGAGGCAAAUCAGAUAGAUCGAAGACCUCGGGUAGGGCUACCCCCGGCGGUAAAAACCCGUGCAAAAUGCUGGCGGCUUCAGCCAUUCGUCCGUACAAUGCAUUGUAAUUCACAUACAAAUCACUAAUACUGUUGCGGAAUUCUUGAAGUUUUUCUUUCAAUGUAUCGAUAUGUUUCUUGGCUUGCUCCAAAUGUCGCUGAAGAUUUUGCAGUU